UUCGCCUUUUGUGGUUAAGUCUUGAAACUAAAGAAAUGUUUUAUUUUGUAAGCUAUUUUCUGUGCACCUUUUUGGUCCUUAAUUUGCAUAAGUCAAUGGCUGAUGGCCAGGAUAAUGGCCAAUCCGUGUGUCUACUGAACGAUCCUCCAAGUCAGUGUGGCGCAUAUUGUCUCACCAAAGUGCAACCGAUGAUCGAUUUGAUUCCUGAAUUCCAGAAAAAGGUGGAUGGAAUUGAAGAGCAGAGCACAGAAGUCCACGAAUCCUUGAAGGCGAUGAUUACUAAAAAGGACUUCGAGACGCGACUGAAGGACCUACAGACCCACUUGGAUGUGCAAUUUUUGAAGAUACAAGCGCUUCUCAACAAAACCCUUCACAAAGAUCUUUCCAAAAAGAAUCCGAAAAUUAUACCUCCGAAAUUCGUACAAAUCGGUUCGAGAUUCUUCUAUAUAGAAACAUAUAGUAUUAAAACUUGGACUGAGGCAGCAGCCACGUGUCGUGAAAUGGGUGGCUAUUUGGCGGCAAUCCAAAAUGAAUCGGAACUAAAUGCCAUCAAAGCCCAACUCAAUCCCAAUUCUUACUACUGGCUUGGCAUCCAUGAUAGGGAAAAAAGCGGCAUCUUUCAAUCACUGGCCUCCGGCUUGCCAGCCAAAUUCUUGAAGUGGCAUCAAGGAUAUCCCAAAAACUAUGAACAGAAACUGAACUGCGUUUGGAUCUCCAACGGAGAAAUGCAUGACUUUUUUUGCAACUAUAAAACCUAUUUUAUUUGCCAGGCAGACAAUAAAAUAUAGUUCGAAAUUCAAACAAAAUAUUUAAUAUAAAAUUUAAUUUCUUGCAUAAUAAAAUAAAUAAUAAUUCAGUUAAGCGAUAAUAUAAUUUUUGAAUAUUAAAUAAA